AAGACCAAAACUUCCUCUUUCGCUCCCUCCCACUUCCCGGCAGCCUUCGAUAGCUCGCGGUGCAGCCGGUACUGGAAUAGAACUGAGGCUCAUGCGCGGCGACCUCUAUGGUUGGCUUAAGAAAGAAGGCGCAUCCUGAUUGGUGUCACGUCUAUGGUUGAGAGCGAAUGAUAGAAUAACUCGGGGAGAAAGCAGGAUGGCGGCCCUAAUGGUUCGACGUGUCUUGCUCCUGCCAGGCUGCCUCUUCCGCUCGCCAAAGCGCGGCUACCGCGGGGAUUCUCCGUCUGACUCUGGGAAGGACCUGCUAGAGAUCCCGCUCCCUCCCUGGCAGGCUCGGCCGCACGAGUCCCUGGCGAGUAAGCGCGCGAGGCUCUUGUAUGAGAGCCGCAAGAGAGGCAUGUUGGAGAACUGCCUGCUGCUCAGUUUAUUUGCCAAAGAGAACCUGAAUCGAAUGAAUGAGCAACAACUGGACCUUUAUGACCGUCUGAUAAAUGAGCCCAGCAAUGAUUGGGACAUAUACUACUGGGCGACAGAAGCAAAGCCUGCUCCAGAAAUCUUUGAGAAUGAAAUCCUAGAGAUGCUUAGAGAGUUUACCAAAAACAAGCACAGAGAGAAGAGACUACGACAACCAGAUCUGGAAUAUCUUGCUGAAGUCUUACGCUGAUCUUGUGUGCGUUCCUAUAAAUGCUCAGUUGGGGGCAGCUUUUAAAAUGUAGGAUCAUAUUUGUGUUGCAUGGGCUCCUCUUAAAAUGCUUCAUGCUUAAUCUUCUGUCAGUUUUCACAUGAGUAGUCAUUUUCUCUGUAUUGUACAGUUCUGUAAUAAAACUGCUAUUUUUCCUUGAAAGAAGGACUGAUGCACACACAUUAGGAAAUAAUGGUGAGAUCACUACUGCACUUUAGAAGUGUCUUUUAUUUAUCUGAUCUUUUGACCACUGUAAUCAUGCAGUUCUUGGCAAUUUACAAAAGAAGAAAUAGCUAUAAUAUUAUAAUACCUUUUUAAAAAUUUAUCUAAACUGGAGCAUGGUGUGUAUAAUUUCCAAGGCACAAUCUUAACUGGUUCAAAGGCUUUUUAACUUGCUCCCCAAAAGCCAAAGGGUUGGGCUAAACCUAUCUCCACUAGUUGGCUGUUCCACAGUGCAGUAGCCAUAAUGGAGGAGCAUCUCUUCACCUUGGGCCCUCUAAUCUCCCAUUAGAGAUUAAGCUGAAGAAGAUUGAAGAAGGUAGCCCUUGCAUCAGCCAAGCCAUACAGGACAUUAAUAGGUUAAACCAGCACUUUAAAUUGUGCUGGAGACCUAUUGGCAUUCAAGGCAGGGCCUACAAUGUAGAUGUUCAUGGCGUCAGUGCCAGUAAGUAUGCAAGCCAUUGCAUUUUGUACCAACUGCAGUUUUGGAGUGGUUUUUAAAGGCAAACUCAAUGUAGAGUGAAUUGCAGUUGGCUAAUGUGAUGACAAUAUAAGUACUAUCACUAGGUCCUCCAGCUCCAGGUCAUAGCUGGUACAGCAGCUACAACUGGGCAAAGGCCCUCCUGGCUGCCACUACCAUCUGCCUGCCUAAUAGUAGCUGUGAGUCCAGAAGGACACCUAAGUCAUGGACCUCCUCUUUCACAGGCAAUGCUACCCUUUCGGGGGAGAACCCAGAACUGAUAGAGAACCUUAGUGUACACAUAGCAACUUCGUCUUGCUUGAGUUCAAUUUCAGCAUGUUUAUCCCCAUCCAGAUCCUGAAAGCUUCCUGACAUAUAAUUACUGGAUGAUGCAAACAAAAGCUGUCAGCGAUACCUGAUUCAUCAAGAAAUUCUUGUUUGUUAAUUUGAUUUAAUUAGAAAUUAACCUUGACCAAUCCCAGGCUUUCUAUGCAAAUGUUAAUGUAUGUAGGAUGAGGAUUUUGUCCUAGGGAUAUGUAAACAUGAUAACUAUGAGUUCGUUGGCAUUCAUAUUAGCUUGUCUAUUAAUCCAUGUAUUUCCAGUUCUAAGAUUUUUUUUUAACAGGAUAGCAAAUAAUGUAUAAUGAGAUACCUUGUGAACAAAAGUAUAGUAUUAGUUCAGAUAUGUCAGUGUACAUGUUACUUUGUAUGCAACAACUUUCUUUCUGCUUGGCCGGUUCUUGCCACCUUCCUGGCCAGCUGCUACUGCUGCUACUGCUGCCCUUCUUGUUUCUCAGUCAGUAGCUCAGGCAACCAUCAGAUCUUUGUAAUGGAAAUUUCACAGGCAUUUUUUGUUCUUGGAUUCAGAUGUCACUGUGUUCUCAAAACCUAGGUACAGGUGAUUUUUUUUUUUACUUGGAAGUAAGUGAUCCAUAUUGUAAUCAAGCCAUCCCUGACUCAGUGAUCAUCAGAAGUUUUGCAUUACAACUCCCAUAAUCCUUGACUAUUUGCCUGUGAUGGUUGACAAUUCAUAGGCAGAAAUAAAUUUUCAGGAGAGCUUGUAAAUAACAUUGAGGUCUCCACGGGAACUUCUAUACAGCAGUGGCUAUUUACAUUUUAUUCAACAAGCUAAAAUUUUAUUAGAACAAGUAUUAAGUUCUACGGGAAAUUAGUUGCACUAAACAUGUAUAUUCAUUGCUUGUCUGGUUACUGUAAUUUAACAAGUUUGGCAGAUGGUAAAUGUCUGCAUUAGCUUUUAGCUAAAAAGUUCAUUUAGUAUAUACAUUUCUUUAGCUCUUCAGUAUUUUUAUGAUUCUAAUGGAAAAUGCACAGAUUAAAAAUUGAAAUGUAUAUUUGAAAGCUUUAAAAAGCAAGUAUAUUAAAAGAUCAUUAGAAAUAUUUUUCUUGAUCAGCCAAUACUUUGUAACUGUUCUAGUUUCAUGAGUUGAAGAUGCUGUAUGUCAGUAUCUUACUUCCUGUUGUUUGUCUUUCCCUUUGUUACUAGUGACAUUAACUGCCCACAUGCUGUUUUGAAAGUGAGCAUAAGGAAUAAAAACUUCAGUUUGAUUUGUGCCAUUCUUAUGGUGUUAUUGGAUGUAAUUUUGUAGGGAAGAUAAGCCCAAGGCCUAUAUUUUUCCUUUGUUGAUCACAUACUGGCUAAAUAAGCCAUAAAUAAACAACACUUUCAGACAGCUAGGAUUUAAUUUUAUUAUGAAGGGUAGUUUUACCCAAUAAAACAUUGGGGCUAUGAUUAUAUACUUAAAACAACUAGUUUAUUCUACAUAUUCUUUAUGUAAUACAGUUUGAGUUUUUAGUUACUUUCAAAUAUGGCAGUUUGAAAAUACCGAGAAUCAAAAACAGUUUGAGUCUUCCUAGAAUUUCCCCCUUUUAAGCACACAGGCUUAAAAACAAUCAUUCUUUAUGUUCUUUUGAUGUAACAAUAUUCCCAUGGCAUUGCCAGGAACUACCACAGGGUGUCAUUAUAGGCAUAUAAGUGCUACAUCUUCAAUGCUGAUGAAACUGAAGAAUUAAAGGCUUGAUCAAAUACUCUAUGUAGCUUUCUAUCUUAGGACUUGCUUAAGAAUCUGAUCCAGAUUUCACAGAUUCUUUAUUAAGGCCAAAUAAUGUACAGGGCCAUGGAGGUAGUUUUACAUUCUCAACAGCUAUGAUUAUGAUACCAAAAUCUGCACUUGGGAAUUAGCUGUACAGUUACCCUUGCAGACUUGUAGAAUGCAUAUUGCCUUGUGCAUAAAUCCAUUUUGUGCAAACAGUGUUGCUUCAUGUCUGACAAAUCAGAAUAGCAUAAUAAUUAUAAAAGUUACUGUUUCUGUGAAUCUAGACCAACACUGGAU